CCACAUUUCUAAAAAGAAAAUUUACCACAUGCAGUAUAGCGAAGUAUUCAGCAUGGUUCGGUUGCGAUGCAAAGCGUUUGAGCUUAAGAUGUGCUUGAUUAGUUAAAAAAAAACUGUGUUGUGUGAUUUUUUAUUUCAAAUAAAAAUGGAAUUUGUAAAGCACACGCUACUUUUUUGUUGUUUCGCUCUUUGGGAGAUUGAGGCCGUGUUGAAUAAACGAAACGGCGUCCAAAGUUUCGUUCAAAAUUACAACGGACUUUAUGAUACCACCAUACAUAAGGUGUCUUUCACGCAAAAAGGCUACAUCCAGUUUUUAAGAUAUAUUAGUCACGUGCCACCCUUAAGCGACUAUACGUUUUGUAUCUGGGUCAGAAGCAACAACUUAACUUAUUCACAUCCCCUACUUUCAUAUUCAAAACAUGAAGAAGAGCGCUUAAUCCGUGUUUGGAUUUCCCCCCAUGGCACCGACAUAAACUUGGAAAUCCUGCAACACCCGAUAUUCAAAAUCCAUACACACUUCAUCGAGAACCAUUGGUACCACGUGUGCCAAUCUUGGUCAUCGUCGCACGCCUCGUGGUCCCUAUACCUGAAUGGAAAGUUAAAAUCGAGCGGUUUCGCGCCUCAGUUACGAGGCACCAAAAUCAAGGGCGGCGGCGAUAUCGUGGUGGGGCAAGAGUACACCGACUUCGAUAAGGGAUUGGACGAUGGGAUCGAAGGGGACGUUUUCGGGUUCAAUUUCGUCCUAUCGUCAACCUCGCACGCGUCACAUAGUGACUUCCCCUCUCGUGGCCAUUACGCCACCGGCGUGGAAGGGGUGCACACUGAAAUACCCUCGAUUUUGAGCUACUUUUCGGUUGAACCGAACCGGAAACCAAAACUUUUCGACUUUUUCGAAAGCAUGUGGUCGCUUUUUAAACCGGCGCCAGCGAUUAAGGUGCUUCCCAAAAAGGGACACUUUGGGGCGAGGGUCGCCAACGAUAUUGAGGAGUAUUCGCCCAAACCGACGGGGUUAAAGUUGGUAGAACUGAGCUAUCAUUGUGCUUUGGGAAAAGGGGCGCCGAUUAGUGGCAAAGACGUGCUGAUUAGUUGGACUAAAACACCAGUGAGAGUGUUCGGAGGGGCCAUUUUAAAAAAUAUAAAGCCAUUUUGCACGUGAUUGAGUAUUUAUUUAAGUGUGGUGAAAAUGCAGUAUUUAAAUGUAGGUUUAGUUUUGUUGUUGUUGUUUUUCGUUAAUAAAUAAAUGUAUUUUUGUAAAAAUUA